CGCCACAAUAUAAGGCGAUGUACUUUGGCUCAACUGAUAAUUCGGUAGAGUCGGGUCGUACUUGAAUAUCCAGACAUAACUAUCCAAACUUUAGCGAAGAUCUCACUUGUGUAUAAGAAUGCAUUAUUUAGGGGUGACGGCCUUAUCUGUGUUCGUCAUACUGAACCACGAGUUUUACGGUGUAUUCGGUGGCCAAACAUGUGAAGCAAUACCAGACAUCGCCUGCCCUCAAACCAUUUCCGAGCACACCGGGGAAUUAGUGCAGUCUGUUCCCAAGUAUCUAACUCGUGAUCAUCCUGAAUAUGAAGUCAGAACACCACCGGCGAUGAGAGAUAAAGUCAACCUAUACUGCGCACAUCCAGAUUGUAACUCAAACCCGUGCCUUAACGAAGGAACGUGUAUAGAGGAACUAUUUGGAUAUAGCUGCUCUUGUGUCCGAGGAUACGGUGGGACACAUUGCGAAGAAAAUAUCGCUUGUAACUCAAACCCGUGCCUUAACGGAGGAACGUGUACGGAGAAACUAGUUGGAUAUAGCUGCUCGUGUGUCAACGUAUACAAUGGGACACAUUGCGAAGAAAAUUUAAGUAGGUUUAUUGCAGUGAUGCAUUUUGCGUCAUUUCAUAGUUUUAGCUCUCGUCCUUACUAG